AUGGAUACCGGUGAUCUUUAUAAAGCCAGUAGUAGUUUAAGAGCACAAAGUUCUUCGAUUUGGAGGGACAGUGCUAUUCAAAUAUUUUCUCAAUCUUCACGAGACGAAGAUGACGAAGAAGCUCUUAAAUGGGCUUCCCUUGAAAAGCUUCCCACUUUCAGACGAUUGAAGAAAGGUCUGUUGCCUGGAUCAACUGGUGUGAAUGAGGUUGAUGUAGCGAAUCUUGGGUUUGAACAAAGAAAGGUUUUGAUUGAGAGGCUGAUUAAAGUAGCAGAAGAAGAUAAUGAGAAGUUCUUGUUAAAGCUCAGGGAUCGAAUUGAUAAGCAUCUAACUAUCCUCCAUGAUGUUAGCGGAAUCAUCAAGCCUCGCAGACUGACAUUGCUUCUAGGUCCUCCAAGUUCUGGCAAGACAACACUCUUGUUGGCUUUGGCCGGGAAACUUGACCGUGAUCUAAAGGUUUCCGGUAGGGUGACAUAUAAUGGCCAUGGCUUGGAUGAGUUUGUACCCCAGAGAACUGCUGCCUACAUAAGCCAACAUGAUCUCCAUAUAGGGGAAAUGACUGUGAGAGAAACGUUUUCGUUCUCUGCUAGAUGCCAAGGGGUCGGAUCCCGCUAUGAGAUGUUAGCAGAGUUGUCAAGAAGAGAGAAAACAGCGAAUAUUAAGCCUGAUCCUGAUGUUGAUGUCUUCAUGAAGGCAGUAGCAACAGAAGGCCAGGAGGCAAAUACUAUGGUUGGGGAUGAAAUGAUAAGGGGCAUCUCUGGAGGACAAAGAAAGCGUGUCACAACAGGUGAGAUGUUGGUUGGACCAGCAAAUGCACUUUUCAUGGACGAGAUAUCAACUGGUUUGGACAGUUCAACAACGUUUCAGGUUGUGAAUUCGCUCAAGCAAUUUAUCCACAUUUUCCAAGGAACUGCCAUCAUCUCUCUCCUGCAGCCAGCACCUGAGAUUUUUGAGCUGUUUGAUGAUAUCAUUCUUUUAUCCGACGGCCAGAUUGUGUACCAGGGUCCCCGUGAGCAUGUGCUUGAGUUUUUUGAGUCCUCUGGUUUUAAAUGUCCGGAAAGGAAAGGCGUGGCUGACUUUUUGCAAGAAGUGACAUCCAAGAAAGAUCAGAGGCAAUAUUGGGCACGCAAAGAUGAGCCUUACAGAUUUGUCACAGUCAGUGAAUUUGUUGAGUCAUUCCAGUCGUUCCAUGUGGGGCGAACACUGGGAGAUGAGCUGGCAACCCAAUUUGACAAAAGAAAAAGCCACCCAGCUGCUUUGACGACCAAAAAUUAUGGUGUUCCGAGGAAGGAGCUAUUGAAAGCUUGUACCUCAAGAGAAUUCCUCCUCAUGAAGAGAAAUUCUUUCGUCUACAUAUUCAAGCUCUCCCAAGUUUCCAUAAUGGCAAUGAUCACCAUGAUACUCUUCCUAAGAACCGGGAUGCACCGAGAUUCAACUAAUGAUGGAGGGAUAUAUAUGGGUGCUUUGUUUUUCACUGUGGUCAUGAUCAUGUUCAAUGGUUUGUCAGAGCUUGCCAUGACAAUCGGAAAGCUUCCUGUCUUUUACAAGCAAAGGGACUACCUCUUUUAUCCCUCCUGGGCAUAUGCUCUUCCCACAUGGAUCCUCAAGAUCCCCUUCACACUUUUAGAAGUUGGUCUGUGGGUAUUUCUCACUUAUUAUGUAAUUGGGUUUGAUCCAAAUGUCGGAAGAUUGUUUAAACAAUAUCUGUUGCUCUUACUCGUCAAUCAGAUGGCUUCUGGAUUGUUCCGAUUUGUUGGGGCAGUGGGUAGGAACCUGAUCGUUGCAAACACAUUUGGGUCUUUUGUAAUGCUUGCACUUUUUGCAUUAUGUGGCUUUAUCCUAUCACGAGUGGAUGUCAAGAAAUGGUGGAUAUGGGGUUAUUGGGCGUCACCAAUGAUGUAUGGGGUGAAUGUGAUUGCAGUGAAUGAAUUUCUCGGGACUAGUUGGAGACAUGUUCUUCCAAAUACAACAGAACCACUAGGAGUUAUGCUUCUGAAGUCUCGAGGACUCUUCCUAUAUGCUUACUGGUAUUGGAUAGGAAUCGCGGCAUUGUUUGGAUUCACAAUCCUGUUCAACUUUGGCUUCACUCUUUUGGAAAGCCUCAAGCUGUUGUACCAGAAGAAAGUCAAAGCAAAGGAGAAUCCAUUGAGUUAUCAUCCCGAGGAUAUAGCUCUCUUGGCGGAGUUUCAGCUCAGGGAAAUGAAAGAUCAGGGUGUUUCUGAAGAUAGAUUGAUGCUUCUGAAGGGUGUGAGUGGAGCUUUCAGGCCAGGUGUUCUUACAGCUCUAAUGGGUGUCAGUGGUGCUGGUAAAACAACUCUGAUGGAUGUGCUUGCUGGGCGGAAAACUGGUGGAUACAUUGAGGGUACCAUUACAAUUUCUGGUUAUCCAAAGAAGCAAGAGACGUUUGCUCGUAUUUCUGGAUACUGUGAACAGAAUGACAUUCACUCUCCUCAUGUUACUGUGUACGAGUCCCUGCUCUACUCCGCUUGGUUAAGGUUACCUCCAGAAGUUGAUUCUAAAACUAGAAAGAUGUUCAUUGAGGAGGUCAUGGAACUAGUGGAGUUGAACCCAUUGAGGGGAUCACUAGUGGGGUUGCCAGGUGUAAAUGGCCUUUCAACAGAGCAGCGCAAGAGGCUAACCAUUGCCGUGGAGCUGCUAUUCCUGAUGAAGAGGGGAGGACAAGAGAUAUAUGUGGGGCCACUGGGUCACCAUUCUUGCCAAUUGAUCAACUACUUUGAGGGAAUCAACGGAGUGAGCCAAAUCAAAGAUGGCUAUAAUCCAGCAACAUGGAUGUUGAAAGUUACUUCUCCAGCUCAGGAAAUGAUUCUGGGGGUUGAUUUUGCUGAAGUACACAAAAAUUCGGACCUGCACAGCAGAAUCAAGGAUCUGAUAAGUGAACUAAGUUCGCCUCGACCUGGUUCCAAGGACCUUUAUUUCCCUACUCAAUACUCCCAGACUUUCCUCACACAAUGCCUGGCUUGCCUAUGGAAACAGCAUUGGUCAUACUGGCGCAACCUGCCCUACACGGCAGUGCGAUUUCUUUUCACAACCUUCAUAGCGCUGAUGUUUGGGACAAUUUUCUGGGAUCUUGGUUCCAAAAAGACCAAUCAGCAAGAUCCGUUCAAUGCAAUGGGUUCUAUGUAUGCCGCUGUUAUCUUCCUAGGGGUUCAAAAUGCUUCAUCGGUGCAGCCAGUGGUGGCUGUAGAACGAACAGUAUUUUAUAGAGAAAGAGCAGCUGGAAUGUAUUCAGCAUUGCCUUAUGCCUUUGGACAGGUUAUUAUUGAACUUCCGUAUAUCUUUGCUCAAGCUGUAGUAUAUGGAGUUAUAGUUUAUGCAAUGAUUGGAUUUGAAUGGACAGUCGGUAAAUUCUUUUGGUACUUGUUCUUCAUGUACUUCACAUUAUUGUACUUCACCUUAUAUGGCAUGAUGACUGUGGCUGUGACUCCAAACCACAACAUUGCGGCAAUUAUCGCCUCUGCAUUUUAUGCAAUAUGGAAUGUCUUUUCGGGAUUCUUAAUCCCACGCACAAGGAUGCCUGUGUGGUGGAGAUGGUAUUAUUGGGCAUGUCCAGUUGCUUGGACCUUGUAUGGUUUGAUUGCAUCGCAGUUUGGAGAUAUAAAGGAAACCCUGGACACAGAUGUAGCAGUUGAAGACUUCUUGAGAAGUUACUUUGGUUAUAAACAUGAUUUUGUUGGAGUAGCUGCAGCCGCUGUUGCCGGGUUUGCAGUUCUUUUCACAUUCAUCUUUGCGUUUUCCAUCAAAGCAUUCAAUUUCCAGAGGCGAUAGGGAGCUUUUAGGAGCACGAGUCGCAGCCAUUUCCCCUGAGCAUCGGAUUCCAAAAGGUGUCACUUAUCAUGUCGAAAGUGGGUUUUAUUCCUUGUAUGUAAUGUUUGAGAUUCUCAUUGACACUUUCAAAAGCAG